GACUUAAAAAAUAAUUAAAAAUCGAUGUCUAAUAAAUAUUCUAUCAAAUAUAUUCUGUUACCAUAAGUGACACACAAAAGGACUUAAAUAACAACUAUCUUUGUGCUAGAAAUUUAAUAUUUAAGAUCAUCCUAAAUCCUCAUUUCUGCAGUCCAUAAAACAUAGUAAGGGUUUUCUUCUGCUGAGGCAACCGAACUAUGAAAAGAAAAAGACAGAUUUCGAAAGAAAUCUCUUACAAGGAGAAUGAUAACACAGGUUUGAAACAACAAUCGCUGUCAAGAAACCAGACCAUAGACCAGAGGAAUAUCCAACCAUCUGUUGCUAUCUGUUCUGUUUUUAAAAGAAUUUUUGAUGAUCUGGAUCUACGACCUAUUUCUAAGUAUAAUUAUGUGCGAGAAGGCCAGAAUAUCAGCACACCAAAAACCCCAACUUGCAAACGCAGAUGUGUUCUCGGUAAUGAUUUAUUAAAAACGUGGUUUUGAUCUUCAAAAUAAUGAUAUGUCAAAUAAGCAAGUUGAAAUUGUUUCAUUCCUGAUCUUCUUAUCAUUCUCUUCGUUUCAGGUGUGGAUUUGGUGUCAAACCAGAAUCAAAAUACGCCUUUGCAAAGAAGCUGUUUGACAUCUUUAUCAUGUAAGCAGAGAUAUGUACACAGGAGAAUAUCGGCUAAGAGAGUGAAUAUUGUAAACCUCUUGGUAGUGUUAUAUCUAAUGUUUUGUUCUAUGUGUAGCUAAAGAUAAAAGCUCAGCAGAAAAUAAAACACUACACAAGUGUCUACAGCGAAGGAAGAAAAUACCAGUUCUCAGGGACAUUACUAAUUUCAGUGAAACACAUUUCAGUGAAGUUGAUAAUGCUCAAGAAGGUCUGUGUACAAGGACACCGAAAACUCCAAGUUAUAAACGUAGACGUGUGCUCGGUAAGUCUAUUUAAUAAACCUAAAAUUUUACAUGAUCUUAUUUAAUAAUAUAGAUGAUUGCAGGUGUGUCUCUGGACUCAAACCAGUCUACAAAAACUACAGAGCAGAGAAGUUGUUUUACUUUUUUGUCAUGUAAGAAUGUAUAUGUAUCUAAAUCUAAACAAAUGGUUUGAAAAAUGAAGUACAUGUUUCUAAACAAAAGAAUGUUUUUGGUAGUGUUUUUUAUAAUUUUUUAAAAAUUGUGUAGCUAAAGAUCAGAGGUCAACAGAGACAAACACCACACAUGUACCAAACAAGAGGAAGCAACGACAGAACAAAAUAUCAGUUGGAUAUGACAUUCCCAAUAUAGACCAACUACACGAUGAUCAUAUUGAAGAUGAUCCAGAAGAAAUGAAUGAUUGUGAUGUUGAUAUUGAAGGUGAUUUGUUUUCAUAUGUGUUUUAAUAGUAUUGAUGUUACAGAAUUUGUACCUCUUUGUCCUAACGUUUUUGUACCUAUUUUCAUUGUACAGGAAUAAUUGAGGAAAUUGAUGCUGACCUAGAGUUUGAUGUUAGCUCACAAGAAACUACAGACUCUGAAAAUGAUGAUCUCGGCCUAGAUGUAUCUAACGCAAACAUAACAUAUCCAUUUAGGCAGGAAGUCAAAAGAAAAACUAAACCUCUUAGAAAGAGUUCUAUAUGUAAAUCAAGAGGUAUAUGAUAUAUUCAAUUUGCAUGUGAAUUUCAUUAUGAUUGUAUUUGCUAUAAUAUUAAAAGUAUAUUGUCGUUUUUAACAUAUGCAGAUUAUAUAGAUGAGGGUGAUCCAUCAUACACAUGUUCCCAUUGUGGUGCUAUUAUGUGGUAUGGAGAACGGAUUAACAGGCGCAGGAAUACACAUACUCCUUCUUUUACUUUAUGUUGUGGGCAAGGUCAAGUUGUGCUGCCCCUUCUAAAAGAACCACCAGAAGUACUGAAAAAAUUAAUGAUGGGAGAUGACAAGUUAAGCAAACAUUUUCAGAAAAAUCUCAGACCUUAUAAUAUGGUUUUCUCAUUUACUUCGCUUGGAGGAAAAGUUGAAAGAUCUGUGAAGAAAGGUGUUGGUCCAGAUAUGUUUCAGUUGCACGGAGAAAAUUACCAUCUACUUGGGAGUUUGAGACCACCAGAUGGUAAGACAGCCAAAUUUGGACAGCUAUACAUAGCUGACACUGAAAAUGAAGUGAAAAACAGAGCCAAUUGUUUGAGCAAGAGUAGCAUGAGUGUAAAAGUAAAAAAAGCUGAUACUUUGAAGGAAGAAAUCAUUGAGGUUUUGAUGAAGAUGUUGAAUGAAGUGAAUCCCUAUGUUAAGCAGUUUAGGUCUGCCAGAGAACGAUUUGAUACAAAUCCUGAAGAUGCAUUUCACAUGAGGAUUAUUAGUGAUAGGCUCACUGAUGGAAGAACCUAUAACGCACCUAUGGCAUCUGAAGUGGCUGCAUUAAUUCCUGGCGAUUUUAAUCUUGAUAUGGAUAAAAGAGAUAUAGUGCUUCAACAACAUUCAGGAAAGCUUAUGAGAAUUAAUGAAAUUCAUGCAUCCUAUCUAGCACUCCAGUAUCCUCUACUGUUCACAUAUGGAGAAGAUGGUUUCAGGCUUGGGAUUAAGAAAGGUGUUACUGAAGCUACCAAGAAACAGAAGAAAGCUACAAUUAGUAUGAGGCAAUUCUUUGCAUAUCGUCUUCACGAACGCAAGAAUGAGUCGGGACAUCUCCUUCAUGCUCGACGUCUAUUUCAACAGUUUUUGGUUGAUGCCUACACCACUAUAGAGUCUAAUCGUCUACGCUAUCUUAAGUUGAAUCAGUCGUCUUUGCGAUCUGACAGUUUUGACUCUAUUAAAGAGUCUGAAAAUGCUGGGAGGACUAAUAUGAAUGAACAAGGGACAGAAUUUGUGUUGCCAGCUUCUUUCACUGGUGGUCCUAGAUACAUGAAGAACAAUUAUUUGGAUGCUAUGACCAUUUGUAAGCAUUUCGGAUUUCCUAACCUUUUCAUCACCUUUACGUGCAAUCCUAAAUGGCCAGAGCUCACCAGAUUCCUUAAGACAAGAAACUUGAAGCCAGAAGACAGACCAGAAGUUAUUUGUCGGAUUUUCAAAAUGAAACUUGAAUCGUUGAUGGAUGAUUUAACUAAAAAGCACAUUCUUGGGAAGACAGUCUCAUCUAUGUACACAAUAGAGUUUCAGAAACGUGGUCUACGUCAUGCACACAUUCUUCUGUUCAUGCAUUCUGACUACAAGCUUCCCACCACAGAUGACAUAGACAAGAUUAUUUCUGCGGAAAUCCCUGAUAAAUCAACAGAGCCUAAUCUUUAUGAAGUUGUUAAAGACAUGAUGAUGCAUGGACCAUGUGGAGCUGCGAAUAUGAAUUCUCCAUACAUUGAGAAUGGAUUGUGUUCUAAGGGAUAUCCAAAACCAUAUGCUGAAAGGACUACCGUUAAUAAAGAUGGGUUUCCUGUAUAUAGAAGGCGUGAACAAGUGGAAAAUUAUGUCGAGAAGAGUGGUGUGAAAUGUGAUAAUCAAUGGGUUAUUCCUUACAAUAAGGAACUCUCUCUUCGUUACCGAGCUCACAUAAAUGUUGAAUGGUGCAACCAAGCCGGCUCAAUUAAAUACUUAUUUAAGUAUAUUAAUAAAGGUCAAGAUCGUGUCACUGUGGCUGUGGAACCUCCUGACCAUGUUGUUACAAACCAAUUGGGAAGUCUUGAUGGAAGUGUAGAGAAAAAAAAAGACGAAUUCAAAGAUUUCUUUGACUGCAGCAAAUAUAUAGCGUGUGUUAACAAUUUUUUUGUUUGUUGUAGAUAUGUUUCUGCCUGUGAAGGUGCCUGGAGAACUUUCGGUUUUCCAAUUCAUUAUCGAUCUACUGCAGUCGAGAAGCUUAGUUUUCAUCUUCCUGGAAAACAACAUGUUAUAUUCAGAGGUAAAGAUAAGAUGGAAGCCGUGGUUAGUCGUAAGCUCAUUGAGAAUACAAUGUUCUUAGCAUGGUUUGAGUUGUGUAAGAUCGAUUCACUUGCGAAAACCCUCACAUAUGCGCAAAUACCGAACUUCUUUACUUACGAUAAGAAGUUGAAGAAAUUCAAAAGAAGGAAAAGAGGAUUUAGUCUUGGCAGGAUUAACUAUGCUCCACGUAAACAAGAAGAUUCAUAUUAUCUCCGCGUGUUGUUGAACAUUGUAAGAGGUCCUACCAGUUAUGAGGAUAUAAAGACAUUUGAAGGUGUUCUUUACAAGAGUUACAAAGAAGCAUGUUGUGCACGUGGCUUAUUAGACGAUGAUCACGAGUAUAUUGAUGAUUUGUUGAGGAGAAGUUAUGAUAGCUCUGCAAGUGAUUUACGACAGUGUUUUGCUAUGAUGCUUAAUAAUGAUAGUUUAGCAUCACCAGAGAAUGUUUGGGAACACACGUGGGAGUGUCUGUCGGAGGAUAUUGAAUAUAACCGGAGAAUAUAUUUCAAAAGACCAGGACUUGUGUUGAGUGAUGAGGAGAAGCAAAACUAUGCUUUACAAGAGAUUGAAAAGCUUUUGAGACACAACGGGGAUUCACUUGAGAGAUUUACUAAUAUGCCAAAGGUUCCAAAAUCAAGUAUUAACGAUUCAAAUGUUCUUAUACUGGAUGAGCGUAGCUAUUCGCGCGAAGUGUUGUUGGAAACCCUUGAGAGAGAUGUUCCAAAGAUGACAGAUGAACAAAGGAGAAUAUUUGAUGAGAUUCUUGAUGCUGUGACUAAAGGAACAGGAGGGACUUUUUUUGUUUAUGGAUUUGGUGGGACUGGUAAAACUUUCCUUUGGAAAUUACUAUCAGCAGCUAUUAGAUCUAAAGGCGAUAUUGUUCUUAAUGUUGCAUCGAGUGGAAUUGCUUCGUUGUUGUUACCUGGUGGUAGGACAGCUCAUUCUAGAUUUGGGAUACCUCUAAAUCCUGAUGAGUUUUCAUCAUGUGCGCUUGCUCAUGGAACAGAUCAAGCUAAUUUAGUAAAAGAAGCAUCGCUCAUUAUAUGGGAUGAAGCACCUAUGAUGAACAAGCAUUGUUUUGAAGCAUUGGAUAGAAGUCUGACUGAUAUUGUUGGGAAACACAGAAACAAACCUUUUGGUGGAAAAGUUGUUGUUUUUGGAGGUGAUUUUAGACAGGUUCUACCAGUAAUAAAUGGAGGUGGUAGGGCAGACAUUGUUUUGGCAACAUUGAAUUCUUCUUAUCUAUGGGAGCACUGUAAAGUUCUAAAACUCACAAAGAACAUGCGGUUGUUAUCUGGUUGUUUGACAACUGAAGAGGCAAAUGAUCUUAAGGACUUCUCAGAUUGGAUAUUAAAAGUGGGUGAAGGCAAACUCGCAGAGCCUAAUGAUGGCGAAGCUGAGAUUGAAAUCCCUCAAGAGUUUUUGAUUACCAACUCUGAAGAUCCUAUAGACGCUAUCAACAAAGCCGUGUAUGGUGAUUAUUUAUCCUUUCAAGAAAACAAAGAUCCAAGAUUCUUCCAAGAAAGAGCUAUUCUAUGUCCUACCAAUGAAGAUGUUAAUAUGGUCAAUGAUUACAUGUUGGAUAAGCUUGAUGGUAAUUUUAUAAAUAUUGCUAUCGAUUUAUUAGCUGACUUAUAUUCAUAUUUGUGUACUAAUCAAGUGUUUCGUAAUUUUGCAGGAGAAGAAAAGAUAUAUACCAGCGCAGAUAGUAUUGAUCCAAUUGACAAAAUUUCAUUCAAUGAUGAAGCUCUGGGUCCUGAUUUUCUCAACAAAAUAAAGGUUUCUGGUUUGCCAAACCAUAGUCUUAGGCUCAAGGUCGGAUGUCCUGUUAUGGUUUUAAGAAACAUAAAUCCUGCAGCUGGGUUAAUGAAUGGAACAAGACUACAGAUCACUCAACUUAUGGAUUUUAUGGUUAAAGCUAAGAUCAUUACUGGAGAGAAGGUCGGAAAUACAGUAUAUAUUCCUAGAUUGUUGAUCACUCCAUCAGACACAAGAUUGCCUUUUAAAAUGCGUAGAAGGCAAUUGCCUUUGGCUGUGGCUUUCGCAAUAACUAUUAACAAAAGUCAAGGGCAAUCACUAUCUGAAGUUGGUUUAUUUCUACGAAGACCUGUGUUUUCACAUGGACAGCUAUACGUGGCUGUUUCAAGGGUCACAUCAAAGAAAGGACUGAAAAUUUUGAUUGUCGACAAAGAUGGUAAAGCUAAACAGAAAACUACUAAUGUUGUUUUCAAAGAGGUUUUUAAUAACCUUGAAGAGUCUGAGUGAUAAGGUAUUCUCGCAUUCUGAUUAUCUUUAAGUUUUUCUGCUGUUGUAGAUAUUUUAAAAAUUUAACCCUCGCAACUGUUUUUGAGGCAUGCAGGUUCAGAUGAUGCAUUGAGAAUCGUUGGGAUGUAAGGGUAUCUCUUACUUGUGCGCAACCAGAAAGAGAUUUUUAUAUUUAUAUUGUUUAUGUUCCUUUCAUGAUUCAGACAAGCAUGAUUGUUUUCUCUAAGCAAAUUUGUUUAGUGUGUUUCUGAAGAUGGUUGUUUUAGUUUGACAAAUUAGAGUUUUUCUUUAACUGUUAUACUUAGUGUUUUUCUUUAAUUUAGAUAUUUAUGAACGUCUUUGUUAUUUAUAACACAUUCAUUCACAAGAACCCAGAUAUGCAUCGUUAUUCAAUCAAUCCUAAAGCCAUAUAAUACUAUCUAAGGCAAUGGUUCAAUCUUAUUUCUAAAUCUACAUGCUACUACAUUGCUUUCAUCUAAGUUAAGAUCAUAGUUACUAACCGUGAGUUGUUGUCUGGAUUCACUUGCUGAACGUGGGAGAGAAACUUCUUUCUUCAUAGCUUCUGAUCGUUCUUUCACCAACAUCUGUUCAUUAUAAAAAAAAAACAAUCGCUCAACACACUAGAAAAGUACACAAUAUAGUAAUCUCUGCAACUUUGAUAAAUAUGUAAAUACAAAAAUUAAUAACUGCCCCUCCUUACUUCUUUUCAACUUACUUGGGCUC